GGUUAGAUUAUGCUUAGUGCUAGUAACACUGGCGGAAAGACCGAAGUGAGAGUCUUUCAGUUCAGAAUUCAGAUUGCUCCAAUCUUUUUCUAUAGUCUAUACAUAUAUUAAUCUAUUUCAAUAUUUUAUUACCAAGAAGAAUCAUUGCUGGGCAUAAGCAUACACAAUCCUAUUCCUUAAAAAAAAUGCUUGGAGCUGUAGCAGCUUCCACAUCACUAUGCUUUUCACCAUCCACAUACUCCACCAGAAUUGUUGUUCUCAGAAGAAUCUCAAAUUCAACACUGGCAUUGAACAAUGGCCACUCUUUCUUACUCUUAUCAGCUAAACCUAUGCAUUUCUCUUCACACAAGAGCAGUAGAAGACAACCCCAUUUCCUUGCACAAGCUGCUGCAUCUUCUGCAGUAAAUGCUGAAUACGUGGAGGAACCAGCAACAAAUGUGAAAUUCCAGACAUCUUUGAGUUUUCCCGGUUGCUCAAAUUCAUUAACUUUGUUUGGAACAGGAUACAGAGAAAAAGUUUUUGCGAUUAUUGGUGUCAAGGUCUAUGCUGCAGGUUUGUAUCUAGAUCAAUCUAUCGCCCUUGAAUUGAAUGCUUGGAAAGGGCAAUCAAAAGAAGCUAUUCAAGGGAAUUCUUCCUUGUUCGAGACCAUUUUCCAAUCUUCCUUCGAAAAAUCAUUGCAAAUUAUUCUAGUCAGAGAUGUUGAUGGUAAAACUUUUUGGGAUGCCUUAAGUGAUGCCAUAUCACCAAGAAUUCAACAACCCACAACCACAGAUGAAACUGCUUUGACAACUUUCCGUGGUGUCUUUCUAGAUCGCCCUCUUAAGAAAGGAGCUAUCAUAAUUUUGACAUGGUUGAACCCCUCCGGAUUGCUUGUUUCUGUCUCCUCAAAUGGGCUUCCAUCUACCAUGGAUGCUACAAUCGAAUCUGCAAAUGUGGCUUCUGCUCUUUUUAAUGUAUUCCUUGGAGAUAGUCCGGUUUCUCCCUCCUUGAAAGCUUCAGUGGCUGAAAGCUUGUCAAAAGUACUGAAAUAAAAAAGUUUAGCGUUUCUUGAUAAAGUUGCAUACAUCCAUAUUUUCUUGAAAUUCUUCGAUCUUUAAAUAUAUUGCCGUAGCCUAUAUUCUCCUGAUAUCUAUGUAAGCAUGCUCCAUGGUCUACUGAUGUAUGCCUAGUGUACAAGUGGAAGCUGUUACCUAGUUCCAGUGUUUAUUUCUACUGAUCUAAAUACUUGAUUUGGACAUUAAUAUACACUUGGAUCAAUUCCAAUUUCCUAUUUCUCCUA